AAUUGUCCUGCGCAUGUGCAAUGGCCAAACUUGCGGUGUGAGCUUAGGACCUGAGCGCAGUCGCACUGAGACCAGGCAGCUGGUGAUGGCGGCGGCAGCAGCGGUGGCUGCGGCGGGUCCGGGCCCAUGAGGCGGCGGCGGCGGCGGGACGAAUUUUACCCAGCGCCAGACUUCAGAGACGGGGAAGCUGAGGCCAUGGCAGGAGUUUUUGACAUCGACCUGGACCAGCCAGAGGACGCAGGCUCUGAGGAUGAGCUGGAGGAAGGGGGUCAAUUAAGUGAAAGCAUGGACCAUGGGGGAGUUGGACCAUAUGAAAUUGGCAUGGAACAUUGUGAAAAAUUUGAAAUCUCAGAAACUAGUGUGAACAAAGGGCCAGAAAAAAUAAGACCAGAAUGUUUUGAACUACUUCGAGUACUUGGUAAAGGGGGCUAUGGAAAGGUUUUCCAAGUACGAAAAGUAACAGGAGCAAAUACUGGGAAAAUAUUUGCCAUGAAGGUGCUUAAAAAGGCUAUGAUAGUGAGAAAUGCAAAAGAUACAGCUCAUACAAAAGCAGAACGAAAUAUCCUUGAGGAAGUCAAACAUCCCUUCAUUGUGGACUUAAUUUAUGCCUUUCAGACCGGUGGAAAACUCUACCUCAUCCUGGAGUAUCUCAGUGGAGGAGAAUUAUUUAUGCAGUUAGAAAGAGAGGGAAUAUUUAUGGAAGAUACAGCUUGCUUUUACUUGGCAGAAAUCUCCAUGGCUUUGGGGCAUUUACAUCAAAAAGGGAUCAUCUACAGAGACCUGAAGCCGGAAAAUAUCAUGCUUAAUCACCAAGGUCAUGUGAAAUUGACGGACUUUGGACUAUGCAAAGAAUCCAUUCAUGAUGGAACAGUUACACACACGUUCUGUGGAACAAUAGAAUACAUGGCUCCUGAAAUCUUGAUGAGAAGUGGCCAUAAUCGUGCUGUGGACUGGUGGAGUUUGGGGGCAUUAAUGUAUGACAUGCUGACUGGAGCACCCCCAUUUACUGGGGAGAACAGAAAGAAGACAAUUGACAAAAUCCUCAAAUGUAAACUUAAUUUGCCUCCCUACCUCACACAAGAAGCCAGAGAUCUGCUUAAAAAGCUGCUAAAAAGAAAUGCUGCUUCGCGUCUUGGAGCUGGUCCUGGGGAUGCUGGAGAAGUUCAGGCUCAUCCUUUCUUCAGACACAUUAACUGGGAAGAACUUCUGGCUCGGAAGGUGGAGCCCCCCUUUAAGCCGCUUUUGCAAUCUGAAGAGGAUGUGAGCCAGUUUGAUUCAAAGUUUACACGUCAGACACCUGUUGACAGCCCAGAUGACUCAACUCUCAGUGAAAGUGCCAACCAGGUCUUUCUGGGUUUUACAUAUGUGGCUCAUCUGGUACUUGAAAGUGUGAAAGAAAAAUCAUUUGAACCAAAAAUCCGAUCACCUCGAAGAUUCAUUGGCAGCCCUCGGACACCUGUCAGCCCAGUCAAAUUUUCUCCUGGGGAUUUCUGGGAAGAGGGUCUUCAGCCAGUGACAGCAACUACUCAGACACCUGAGGAUUAUCCCAUGGAGACGAGUGGAAUAGAACAAAUGGAUGUGACGGUGAGUGGAGAGGCAUCAGCACCACUUCCAAUUCGACAGCCUAACUCUGGGCCAUAAAAACAAAGCUUUCCUAUGAUUUCCAAACGGCCAGAACACUUGCGUAUGAAUCUAUGACAUCAACAUUUUCAACAAAUUUCAGGCAAAAAAACAAUGGGACGUGAACAUCCUAUAAAGCUGAAAUACAUGAGGGCUCAAAGGGUGACACCCUCAGAAGGGCCAGUGUCAUAUUGCACAGGACAGUUUGGAAAGAGGAAAAACAAA